AUGUCACAAAUCGCAUCUGAUUUUAAUUUUUUGUCUGGUAACUUAUUAUCAACUAUAGAGUCUGAAAAAAUAAAACUCUGGGUUAAUGAUUUGGCAUUGAAGUAUGAUCAAGAUUUAAAUGCUGCAGAGUUGUAUUCUGAAAUUGAGAAUUUCAAAUAUCAGGCUCCAUUAUUAAUGACAAAAUUUGAGAAUGCAACUCAGUUAGAUAUUCUAAAGCAUAUUCAUCAGUACUCUUUAAAAGAUUUAUAUCCGAAUUUAGAGGUAGCACUACGGAUAUUUUUAACAAUUCCUGUCACUACGGCUUCUUGUGAAAGGAGUUUCAGCAGGCUGAAAAUCAUAAAAAAUUAUCCAAGAUCAACAAUAAGUCAAAAUCGUCUCACCGGAAUGGCUAUAUUAUCUAUAGAAAAAGAUAUAGUGAAGACAAUUUCAUUUGAUGAUGUCAUUGAUCAAUUUGCUUCAAUUAAAUCAAGAAAAGUACCUUUGUAA